GUAAUGCCCUAGUGGUGUGUGUCCUGGUGAAGCACCGCAACCAGUCCAACUUGACAGACAUAUGUCUUUUGAACCUGGCUGUCUCCGACAUCCUCUUCGUCCUCACGUUGCCUUUCCACUCUCAUUACUCUGUGGUUGAAAAAUGGGUUUUCGGUGAUUUUCUGUGCCAUCUCCUCUCUGGUUGCCACUACACCGGCUUCUUCACCAGCAUCUUCUUCAUGGUUGUCAUGACGCUGGACCGCUACAUGAUCAUUGUGCACGCUCACAAGGUGGCAAGAUAUCGCACUCUGAGGGCAGGUAUCGCUCUGACUGUGGCUGUCUGGCUGCUGAGUCUUGUGGUCUCUUUACCAACUUUUAUCUUCACAAAGGUGACGACAGAUGAUCCGGAAAGCCCUGGAUGUAGCUACAACCCAGAAAAUAAGGCCUGGAAUAAUUAUACCCUGUUCUCAGCAUUUAUAUUGGGUCUUGUGGUUCCCUUGUUGGUGAUGAUAGUUUGCUACUCCAGGAUCAUCCCCACAUUGGUGAAUAUGAGGACUGCAAAGAAGCACCGCGUUGUCAAGCUGAUCAUUUUAAUAGUGACUGUCUUUUUUUUGUUCUGGGCUCCAUAUUACAUUUCCCGUUUCUUGAGAUUCCUGCAGACUGAGGACAUAUUCUCCAGCGACUGCACCACUGACGGAGCUUUAAGGAUGUCAAUAGCAGUGACCGAGUGCAUCGCUUACACUCACUGCUGCCUGAACCCCAUCAUUUACGCCUUUGUAGGACAGAAGUUCAUGAAACGAGCCUUACAGCUGAUGAAAAAGUGUGUACCUGGAAUGCACCUUCCCUUUGUCAGAGAUAUAUCAGACAGCUCAUUCAAGAAAAGCUCAUUUUCAUCCAGGUCCUCUGUCACCUCCACUGUAUUGAUGUAGGAGAAGGAGAGCAGGCAUGUUUUAUAGACAUUAC